AUGCCACGAAAAGAUAAGAAAGAUGAUGAAAGAACUCAAUUGUUGAAUGACGAACAGGAUCACCAUCAUAAUCAUCAUCAUCAACAACAAGAACAACAGCAACAACAACAUCAACAUGAACAUAAUCACUCACAAUCUCAAAAUUCAGAGUCAGAGGACUCAGACGAUGACGAUGAUAUAAAAUUUAUAAAUCUUCAAAUUAAAAGAAUUAAAAACUUACCAUGGUAUAAAAAACCAAGUGUUUAUUCAAUUGUAUUUUUAAUUGGUUUAUUAACUUUUAGUUCAUCAAGUGCAGAAGGAGCAAGACAAUCAAUAAUUUAUUCAAAAGCUGAAAAUUCUAGUACCUCCAGUUACAACCCAAAAAGUUCAGAUCAAGCUCAAUUAGUUGCUUCAUUUAAUCAAUAUUUAUUAGUUGGUACUACUUUUUUUUCAUUAAUUCCAAUUGCAAAAUUUGGAGAAAUUUCUUCAAUUAUUGGUAGAAAACCAUUUUUUAUUGCAUUAAUUUUUUCAAUUACAAUUUCAAGAUUUUUACAAUUUUUAGUAUUAAAUUAUAACAAGGAUUUAAAAUUUAAAUUAUUAUUAUUUGCAAAUUAUAUAUCUGCUAUAAGUGGAUCAUUAAGUAUAAUAACUCCAUUAUCAGAUUCUUAUAUUACUGAUUUUACAUUACCUAAAAAUAGAGUUUAUAAAUUAUCAUUAGCUUCUGCUUCAACUUUUAUUGGUCAAACAUUUGGUCCAAUAUUUGGAAAUUUUAUAGUUAAUUUGGGAAAUAGUGGCUCUAAACAUGGAAAUUUUAAUGCUUUAAAAUUUGAAAUUGGAAUAUUAAUUAUACUUUGUAUUUAUGUUAUUACAUUAUUUCCAGAAUCAAGAAAUCCAAAAGCUGAAAAAAAAUCUGAGCAAAGAUUAUUAGAUCAUGCAGAAGAAGAAGAAGGAACAGAAAUAAAUCCAAAGGACGAUACCGAAAGAAAUAAGAUCAUAUUUAUUGAAAUUCUAAAAUCAAGUAUAAAUAUAAUUGAACCAUUAAAAAUUUUAACAUAUCCUAAAAAAACUGCAAAAAUUAGCAACAAGCAUCGUUAUGAACAAAUUAAAUAUGUUGUAAUGGGUUUAAUUUUAACUUAUUCAAUUUAUCAAACAUUAAUUUUUACUUUGAAUCAAAUUGUAAUACAAUAUGGUCAAUAUAAAUUUAAUUGGUCAGCUGAUAAUAUAUCAUAUUUAUUAUCAAUAAUAUCAAUAUCAAGAUCAAUUUCAUUAGUUUUUAUAUUACCAAUUUUAGAAAAAACAAUCCUUAAAAAAUGGUUAGGUUUUAAAUCUUUAAAUUAUUCAUUUGAUAUGAUUGAAUAUAUUUUAAUAAUAUUAGGAUUAAUUGUUGCGUUAUUAGUAUUUUUUGCAUUUUUUUUAUCCCACACAACUUUUCAAUUUUAUUUAACUGCAAUUUUUUUUUCAUUAGAUGCUUUAAUUCAACCAGUUUUCGAUUCAACUAUUAUAAAAUUUUUUCCUAGUGUUUCAAAUGGUUCAAUUUAUGGAUCAAUUACAUUAUUUAUUUCAUUAUUAAAUUUAAUUUCUCCAAUUUUAAUUACCUGGAUUUAUAAAUUUUCAAUUUUUAUAAAUUUACCAAAUUUAAUUUAUUUAUUUUAUGGAAUUUGGAUGUUAAUAUUUAUUGUUAUAGUUUAUUCUUGUAAAAGAGUAUUGAAAUUAAAUGGUAAAACUACAGAUAAAGAAUUAAGGAAAAGGAUAUUUCAAGAAUGA